AUGCAUGCCGCGGUGAAAGAUAGGCAGGAGAGGGAGCGGUUCUUGGGCAAGUUGGGAAGGCGGAUGGUGCAGGAGGGAUUCAUUGACAGGAAGAGGGCAGGGGGAUGGGUCAGAGAAGCCUUGGAGAUCAUGGAACUGUAUGUACGCGAAUGGCAGGGCGUAUGGCCUGGGGUAGAGGAGAGGGGAAAGAUGCUGCAGCGCAUUCUGGUGGAGAAUGCGCAGCUCUUUGCACGCUGGAGGGUGUCACCUGCUUCGAAGCAGUUUAAUUUUGAACUGGAUUCAGAUUGGUUGCUUGUUGAGGACAUGAGGUUAUACGGCGUAUCUGUACAUAUGCAGCAAGCCCCUGGGAAGUACUAG